AUGUCAAUUGUUGGAUUAGGUUACAUUGAAAUAUUCCUAGCAAUACUAUGUUUUUUCUUAUUUCAUUCCCUAAAUCAUCCAAAGGGAUACCCAAAAAGCUGGCCAAUUGUUGGUAUGUUACCAAGUAUGCUUUUUCACUUAAAACAUAUUCAUGAUAGGCUUACUGUCAUCAUGAGUGAAUCAGGAGGAACUUUUGUACCAAAAGGUCCAUUAUUUGCAGAAAUGGACAUAUUAGCUACAAUUGAUCCAUCAAAUGUACACUACAUUAUGAGUCAAAAUUUCAUGAAUUUCCCUAAAGGGAAAAAAUUCAAGGAACUUUUUGAUGUUUUAGGAGAUGGAAUUUUCAACGCGGACAUGGAUUUAUGGAAGAUCCAAAGGAAAACAACUCGUUCUUUGGUCACUCAUCAACAGUUUUACAAGUUUUUAAUCAAGACUAGUCGCGAUAAAGUGGAGAAAGGACUUAUUAAUGUUCUUGAUCAUGUUUGUAACAAGGGUGUCAUUGUAGACUUACAAGAUUUAUUUCAAAGGUUCACUUUUGAUACUACUUGUAUAUUAGUUACUGGAUAUGAUCCUGGUUGUGUAUCAAUUGAUUUCCCUCAUGUUCCUUUUUCGAAAGCUUUGGAUGAUGCUGAAGAAGCUAUUCUAUUUAGACAUGUUAUACCUGAGCCAAUUUGGAAGCUACAAAGAUGGCUUGGAAUUGGAGAGGAAAAAAAGUUGAGUAAAGCUUGGGAAACUAUGGAUGAUGUUAUAGGUAAUUAUAUAUCUAAAAAACGCGAUGAGUUAACAAAAAUUGAAACUCAUGAUGAUGAAGUGGAAGAGAACGAUGAGGGUUUUGAUCUUUUGACCUUUUAUCUCAAAGAAGGUCAAGAUUUGGGAGUGAAUUGUGAUGAUAAGUUCUUGAGGGAUACUAUCUUGAACCUAAUGAUCGCGGGGCGUGACACUACUAGCUCAGCUCUCACAUGGUUCAUUUGGCUUGUCACAAAGAAUCCACAAGUGGAGAAGAAAUUAAGGGAAGAAAUCAACUCAAUUAUUCCAAAAGAAGAAGUUGGAAAAUUUAGGGUUUUCAAUGUUCAUGAAUUGAACAAGUUGGUUUAUUUACAUGGUGCAUUAUGUGAUUCACUAAGGUUAUAUCCACCUGUUCCAUUUCAACACAAGGAGCCACUUAAAGAAGAUACUCUCCCAAGUGGUCAUAAAGUUCAUCCAAAGAUGAUGAUUUUGUUCUCAUUGUAUGCAAUGGCGAGGACAGAGUCGAUUUGGGGGAAAGAUUGUUUAGAAUUCAAGCCAGAAAGAUGGAUUUCAGAGACAGGAACGAUAAAGCACGAGCCUUCGUAUAAGUUCAUGGCUUUUAAUGCUGGACCAAGAACUUGUUUAGGGAAAGAAGUGGCUUUCACUCAAAUGAAAGCUGUGGCUGCUACUAUCAUACAUAAUUACAAAGUUGAAGUUGUGGAAGGACAAACUAUUGAACCUAAUUCUUCUAUUAUUCUCUAUAUGAGAAAUGGUUUUAAAGUAAGGAUUAGUAGGAGAUGGACUUAG